AUGAUUUUUCCGAUGACAACUUUAAAGCACUAUCGAAAGAAGAAAGCCCGCUCUGUUCUUUCUGGGUGCAGGACUGUCGGUAGCAAACUUGCAUUUUCUACUGCCGACGGAAAGGUUUUCUUGCUUCUGUCAGUUGUGAUAAGUAGCUGGAAGUACCAUUUCAUCUCGACUGGUGCUUCAUGUCUUGACCCUGACUUUCGCUUUCUUGUUUUGCACGACGAGUUUUGCAUUUUGCGGGAGAAAAGAAACUUCCUUGCCCGGUUACGUCAUGGCCGCAAUCAACAUCAAGCGACACAAAUACUGUCACCGUCAUUCCGAUGCUGGACUUUUUUCUUUCGAUAG